AUGAUGAUAAGUUUCGAAGUCUCAAUUAUAACUGUUGGUUAUAGAACAGAAAAGCUAGCAAGUGGACAUAGUAUUGUAGUAGGCGUACUGAGCGCGGGCGUGCGCGGGCGCCGCGGUCGAUGCGGGGCGAAGCGCGGGGGACGGGGCGUGGCGAGGGGCGGCGCGCGGCGGCCAUUCGCUUGCACCUCGCACCGCCCUCUGCCCCGCCCCCCGCGCCCCACCGCGCCCCGCGCCGCCCCGCGUCCGACGAUGCCGCUCAGUGCUUCGCGAGUCGUCGCCCGCGGUGCAUGUGUUGUGCGCUUCAUUCCUCUCGCGCUACGUUGCAGAUGCGAGCGCGCCGCCGCUAGAGCGAUGCCGGCCGAGGAGGAACCCGCGGCCAUGGACAGCCGGGACGCUGCCGAUGGCUCCCCUCAGCAAUUUUGCUUACGAUGGAACAACUACCAGACCAAUCUUGCCACCUGCUUCGAUCAACUGCUCCAGACCGAAUCUUUCGUGGACGUGACGCUGGCGUGCGAAGGUCAGAGCCUGAAGGCGCACAAAGUGGUGCUGUCCGCGUGCAGCCCCUACUUCCAAACCCUGUUCAUGGACAACCCCUGCCGGCACCCGAUAAUAAUAAUGCGCGACAUAAAGUACUGCGAUUUGAAGGCGGUAGUGGAUUUCAUGUACCGCGGAGAGAUCAAUGUGUCGCAGGACCAGAUCACGGCACUGCUUAAGGUUGCGGAGACGUUGAAGAUCAGAGGGUUGACAGACGUGAGUGGGGAGCACGCGGUGUUGAGAGCCGGAGGUGGUUUGGAGGCUCGGGCUGGUAAGAGACCAGGCAGUCGUGAGAGCGAAGCAGGUGGUACGGUGGCUAAGGCGCGUCGACGGUCGGCGGAACGCAGCCCGGGCAGCGAGCGCGUGUCGCCCGCAGGCCCGCCCGCUGACUUGCUGCAGCCCGAUGCGCCCGCGCCGCCGGCCCUGCACCCGGACGACGUGGACAUCCGCCCAGGCAUUGCCGAAAUGAUCCGCGAGGAGGAACGGAUAGCAAUAUCAGCGCCAGCUCCAAUUAUGGCUAAGAAAAAAGAAGAUUUAACAAAGAAAGGAGAUUUGACAGAU